CCAAAGCCAUCCGAUUUGCCCGCAAAUUCAACAGGUGCAUUGCAACAGCACAACUAAACCACCCGAAUGGUGUGUGUCUGUGUCUGGUAAAUUGGUAUCGAUUUUCCUUCCCCGGCUGCAUAUCUUUGACGCAUUGGCCAGAGCGCAGUGGCAGAAGCAGCAGGCGAUGCAAUAGCAACAAUAGCAACAAAACAGGCAAGCCUACAAAAUCCAUCCAUCCAAGUAGACAAAGCGGCGAGAUAGCUUAAGUAGAGCAUCAACCCGUGCGGGAAGCGCGAAAUCCUCUUGAUAAGAGAGCACCCGGCGGCAGGCGAAGAAGUCCGUUAGAUAACCUGCGCUUGCAACGGCGGUAAUUUUGCUGUACGGCCCCGUUGCCAGAUGCAGAUUUUAUAUAACCUUCACUGCUGCACAUAGUGCAAGUGCAGUGCAGUGUGUGAUUGCUGCAGUUGGUGGUGGUACACUUGCUUCUCCAUGCUGUUGGGCUAGGUCGUUCGUGCUCGUGUGCACAAUCAAAGAUGGACAACGAAAGCAUCUCGCACGCAUCGGGUGGACUUGGUAGCACGUUGAUUGCUGCAGUCCCGAACUGGUUCGGAUGGAUGCAUAAUUUAUCGCUACCCCUGUUGGUGGUGUUUCUGCUGCCCUGGAUGUAUGUGCUGCUCAUUUUGUCCUCCAUUCCGUACCUGCAUCUUUGCAAUUUUCUGCGGUUGCGUUUUUGGAAGCAAAGCAAUGAAGAUGAGUUCUGGAAAGCGGCUCGAUGGCUAAUGGCUUAUGUGUGGAAUCUUCACAGUAAACUGUUUCAUGGAUACGAAGUAAUCGGGCUGGAGCACCUACCGGAAACGGGUGGUGGCGCCCUACUGAUCUAUUACCACGGUGCGCUGCCCAUCGACAUGUACUACCUGACGGCGGAAACGAUGCUGAAGUGCAACCGGCUGAUUCACACCGUUGGCGAUCGGUUUCUGGACCGCAUUCCCGGCUGGCGGCUCGUUUCGCGCGUGAUGAACGUUACCUCCGGCUCGGUGCAAUCGUGCGUGGCAACGUUGCGUGCCGGUGAGCUGCUGUCGAUUGCACCGGGCGGCGUGUACGAGGCCCAGUUCGGCGACAGUGUGUACGAGGUGCUGUGGAAGAAUCGAACAGGAUUCGCCCGAGUGGCGCUGGAAGCCAAAGUGCCCAUCAUACCCAUGUUUACGGUGAACAUACGCGAAUGCUUCCGUACGGUAUCGUUCGCCAAGUGGUUGUUUGUGCGGCUGUACAGUGUGUUGAAAGUUCCCGUCCUGCCCAUUUACGGCGGCUUUCCGGUCAAGUUGCGCACCGUGCUCGGCAAACCGAUCCCAUACGAUGAGUCGCUCAGCCCGGUCGCUUUGCAGGAGCGCGUGGCGGCUGCUAUUGCCGAGCUGGUACGGGAGCAUCAGCGUGUACCGGGCGAUAUACUGCAGGCGAUUGGCGAUCGAUUUGAAACGGUGCACGCCGUGGAGCAGCGUGAAGAGGAGGACACAAAGCUGUGAUCAGGCGGAAGUAUUGCCGUGUAAGUGGAGUCGUUGAUGGUUUUAAUCUGUUUUAAAAGUGUGUUAAUUAGCUGUGUUGUGUAUUAUUUAUUGUUUAACAACCUACGAAUAAAAUUGUUUUAACUGAUUUGAAA